GGCAGUCAGUGAGCAGCAUAGUGGACAACGGUAUAUAGAAAAACAGAGUGAUGGUGGAUGCAGUGGCAUCAGUCAGGGAGGUAUGGCUGAUGUCGCCUCCUGUUUGUAUUCAAGCUGCUCCUUCUCUUUGGGAGCACAGCUGACCACAUUAUCCCCUCCCUCUACCUCUGUUCGUGCUACCUCCUCUUCCAUCCUGAGACCAUGGAGGAGGUCACCAAGAUCACAGAGACCACGCUGGCCCCACCCCUUCUCCUGGAACGGCGGGUACGCCAGAGACAGCCUAAAGCUACAGUCCUCAAAUCCAAGCUGAAGCAGAGUAUGACUUGCUCGGUGCCCAGAGUCCGAUCCACCCUGACCGGGUUCUUCCCUGUGGUGCGCUGGCUGCCUAAAUACAAACUCAGGGAGUACGUCUGGGGCGAUGUGAUGUCGGGCUUGAUCAUUGGAAUUAUCUUGGUACCACAGGCCAUCGCCUACUGCCUGCUGGCCGGUGUGGAGCCCAUUUAUGGUUUAUACACCUCAUUUUACGCCAACAUCAUCUACUUCCUCAUGGGGACGUCCAGACAUGUCUCUGUGGGAAUCUUUAGCCUUAUGAGCCUCAUGGUGGGACAGGUAGUGGAUAAGGAGAUGUUCCUUGCAGGUUUCGAUCUCAAUGAGGACUCCACAGCAUCCAGUUCUGAUUUGUUUAAUGUCACACUGGGCACUAACCUCACAGCUGGGAAACUUCACAGUGUGGAGCUCAUGGGUGUGCAGUGCGGGAAGGAUUGUUACUCCAUCAGCAUCGCCUCUGCCCUUACAUUCCUAGCUGGCAUCUAUCAGGUCAUGAUGGCCGUGUUUCGGCUAGGCUUUGUCUCUGUAUACCUUUCAACUCCUAUGUUGGAUGGUUUUGCCACUGGAGCUUCUUUCACCAUCCUGACCGUGCAGGCGAAAUACCUGCUGGGUCUUAAGAUUGCCCGUCACCAGGGCUACGGCACAGUUGCUGUCACCUGGAUCAACAUAUUCAUCAACAUUCAUAAGACGAACCUGUGUGACCUUAUCACUAGUGCCAUCUGUAUCUCUGUAUUAGUGGCAGGGAAAGAGAUCCAGGAACGCUACAAGAAUCGUCUAAAGAUCCCUCUUCCAACUGAGCUGAUAGUAGUGGCAGGAGCAACACUGGCCAGCCAUUUUGGGGAGCUGAACAGCCGUUACAGCUCCAGUGUUUCUGGUCACAUCCCAACAGGGUUCAUUCCUCCUCAGGUGCCAAACUUUGGUCUCGUGUCACGAUUGGCAUUGGAUGCCAUUCCGCUGGCUGUCAUUAGUUUUGCCUUCACUGUGUCGCUGUCCGAGAUGUUUGCGAAGAAAAAUGGCUACACCGUUCGUCCUAACCAGGAGAUGUUGGCCAUUGGCUUCUGUAACAUCAUCCCCUCCUUCUUCCACUGUUUCACUACCAGUGCAGCGCUGGCAAAAACCAUGGUGAAGGACUCAACAGGCUGUCAGACACAGGUGUCCAGUUUGAUCAGCGCACUGGUUGUUCUUCUCGUCCUUCUCUUCUUCGCACCUUUCUUCUACGAUCUCCAGAAGUGUGUUCUUGCCUGUAUUAUCAUUGUCAGUCUUCGGGGGGCACUCAGAAAGUUCAAGGAUGUCCCAGCUAAGUGGCGUGCCAGUCGUAAUGAUGCCAUCGUGUGGCUGGUCACCAUGUCAGCUACAGCCCUCAUCAGUGUAGAGAUGGGCCUCCUGGUCGGAAUAGUUUUUUCGAUGAUCUGUGUUAUCUUCAAGACCCAGAAACCUAAGGUUUCUCUCCUGGGCCGGGCCAAUGACACUGAUCUUUAUGAGGACAUGGACGAGUACAAAAAUCUCAUCCCGCCACCUCGAGUUCAGGUCUUCCGCUUCCAGGCUCCUUUGUAUUAUGCCAACAAGGACUCAUUCCUCAAAUCCCUCUACAAAGCUGUCGGAGUUGAACCUUUCUUGGAGAUGACCAUUAGGAGAAAGGCAGAAAAGAAGGCCAAAGAUAUGUCCUUGAAACAGGCCAAGGCAAAUGGGGAUAGGAACAACGGUGAGGUCGUUAUUGGCCUCGUCCAAAGAGAACUGGAUUUUCACACAAUAGUUUUAGACUGCUCUGCCAUACCCUUCAUAGACUCGACAGGCAUGGCCGCAUUUGAAGGGCUGGUUAAGGAAUAUAAAGAGAUCGGGGUGAGCGUACUCCUCGCCAACUGCAACACCUCAGUUAUUGAUACUCUGCAGAAGGGACAGUUCUUUGGGAAGAAUGACAAAGAUAUGAGCAGCCUGCUGUUUCAUACAGUUCAUGCUGCGGUUCUUCAUGCAAACAGUACAUUUGCAGCAGCAGAAACCAAGUUAGAAGUGGUGUAGAGCAGCUAUAAGAAGAAGGGAACAGAGAAAAUGUUCUGGUGUCAUCCAUUUCUCCUCCUUUCUUUAGUAAACCAAAAUGUGAAUUUAGUUGUGGAAUGAAUUGCAGUUGCCUUUUAGGAAGCUUUGUCCAAGAAGACAUUGGGGUACCAGGAAUAUCCAAUUAGGAAGAUUAUUUACAUAAACCUCUGGGGCCACAACCACCUAACAAGCACACUUUAAAGCAGUUUUAACAUUUCUGGUGCAGACAUUGAUUACCUUGUCAGCCAAGGUAUAGGAGGCACAUAGGCUAACCAGACAAACAACAGAGCUGGCGAGGAUCAGAAACAGGCAGUCAGGAAGGGUGACAUGCAGCCAUGCCACCCGUUGCUUGCUCCUGCAAGCCUUCUAACGGCGCUUAACAGGGAUAAAACUCUGCAUCAUCAGCAAAAGAGACUAUGGCUGUGCUAUCAUUAACAGGGUUACAUCAAGUCUGUGGCUUAAGCCAUCUGUAGUAGACAGAGUAGACAGUAGUUGUCGAUCUCACAGAAAUCACAAUGUGCGUCAUGAGAAGCAGCAUCACAUACAUAUGUACUUACUCCCCACAUUAGUAUAAUUGGAAUGAAGUUGAAAGUCAGCUAAAUUGGCCUUUAGAUAAACAUAAAAGGAAGGUAAAGUAAAGAUAAAGUCAAUAAAUUAAUUAACUGAUAAGUAAAUUGUAUCGCAACUGGAAAAUGGCAUCAAAUUUUAGAAUUUCCCACUUGAAGUGUGAAAGGGAAGUAGAAAAUUUUAAUUUAAUCUAUUUUGAAUCACUGAAUGUGUGUUUGAAGACUUUUCAAGGACCACCCAUGAUCCAUAGCAGUGAUGGCAUAAGUGAAGAAUUAGUUCUAAUAAACAUAAACACAGCAAACACUUAUAUUACAUUUAAUCUGCACAUGCUUGCUUCUUUAGUCCUUUAUUUUUCACUUGUUGUUGUAAUACUGUUAGUUAGGGUUAUUCAUACACAGGUGUCACUGCAAAGCUGCUUUAACUUCUUAUAUUGCUUAAAGCUUUUGGUCAAAGUCCAUGAUGGCUCUAAUCCAGGAGUCCAGAGUUCAGAUAAGGAGAGUUAGCCACUAUCAGCAGUAUUUCUUGAGGUGCCUGUUGCACUGUUACUGUGGACCUCAAAAUAAUUUUUAGAAGCCCAUUGGAUCUAUUCCUGACUUUAAGAUGAAGCAUUCAUUCUUGGUGAAAACUAGCUUUUCAUGUCUCACAAGUACUGAGUGCUUUUUUAGGCUCGGUAUCAUACAGAGAGAGCCUUGCCUUCAAACCAUUAUAAAAUCAUCAUUAUAACAUAUUCAUCCUGUUCCCUGGUCAGUCAACAGGAAGUUAUAUAAUCUGUUCUUGAAAAAAAUGGAUCCUCCUCUCAGGCGCUAAAAGCUAGUCAUCAUAUGGUGCCUCUGAAAUUUAUAUUUUUCUCAGAAAACUGAUGGCAGCAGGUGAUGCCACAUUAUUUGUCAAACUCCUUCACUGCCACUGGUGGUUAAAUCAAAUGUUCUAUGUCGUAAAAUAAGAGCAGUAGUAUCUGUAAAAUCACCACUUUAACUUUUUAAUUUUGAUGUUUGUACCUUCAUGUUUCUGUCAAAAAGACAAGUGAAGUGGCAUUGUGUUAAGAUAUAGACAUUCUUGUUUGUAAAUUGAGAAAUCAUUUUGUAUUUUCAUACACUUAUUUUGUCAUCAGAUUUUCACCAUGUAUUAAUUUAACUCAAAUCAUGACAUCUUGUCUUAGGGGGACUCUUGUUUUGACUUUCAGUUUAAUUUUUUUUGUGUUGACAUUCAACACUCAUAUAUAAACACUGCCUUAAUGUUCAAUACUUGAAUUAAAUUGACA